AAUGAAUGUUUUUAUAAAUGAAAAAUAAGAAAACGUAUUGUACUCCUAGUCCCAGAUCAUGUUGACAUGUCCAUAUACUAAUUUUUAUUUAUUAUUUUGAGCAAAACUGCAUAUUUCUCUUUCCCUUUCUUCAGCGUUCAUUCAUUCUGGAAAAAAUAAAGCACAGUAAAAUUCAAUUCAACAAUUAAAAAAGAUAAAAAAAAAUUGAUUUCCCUGUUCAAUCAGAAGGUAAAAAAAAAUAAAAAUGUGAAAGGUGAUCGGAGGAAGAAGCAAAUGAAAUAAAAAAGAGAGAGAUUGUUCUUCUGUCUCUAUUGGCUUUCAACUUUCCCCAGAAGUUACUUUCUCUCUUUCUUUUCUCUAAGAUGAAUUAAGGGUCUAAAUGAAUGAAUCGCACAUACCCACUGUUAAUUUUGCAUUUUCUCUUGGUUUGGGUCAAAUGGGUCUCAUUUUUCUGAGAAGCCAGUGAAAAAAGCUUGCACUUUGACUCCAAAACUUGCAGAGAAGAGGGAGAUUCACCACAAUUCCUCACAACCAUGGAAGUUAAGAAUGAAAUUCAUUAACUACGUGUUGCUAGUGAUCUUCUGUAGCAGCCUCUUGAAAUUCAUAAACCUAUUUUUGCUAUGAAAUCAUUUCCUUAUACAUAUUUCAACAAAACAAGUAUAUUUCCUCUUCAAGAUUCAAAGGAAGCAGCUUUCUUGCACUUAAGGAAAAUUUCCCAACAUUAGGUCGACUUUGAUUGUCCAUGCAUCCAUCCUUUUCCAUGUUGUCAUUGCAGUUAAAAGUAACUGAGUUGCAGUCUGAAGAAAAUAAAUUGUCUAUGGAGAAAAAUAAGAAAAGAAGGCUCAAAACACCAGCCCAGCUUAAGGCCUUGGAAGAUUUUUAUAAUGAUAACAAAUAUCCCACGGAGGAAAUGAAAUCAGAACUUGCCGAUGAGUUAGAAUUGACAGAAAAGCAAAUAUCUGGAUGGUUUUGCCACAGAAGAUUGAAAGAUAAAAAAAUGUUGAAUGAUGAAGUAUGUGCUAAUGGACGACAAGAUCGUUCAAGUGGUGUCAUUCAGGAUCGUGGCAGUGGUCUAGUGCAGGAUUCAUGCGGAAGCACUAAACAUGUUCACUAUAGGUAUCUGGAUCCCAAAGAGGUUGAGAGUCAUGGCCUCUAUAACCAUGGAUUUUCAGCUGCAGAUAUAACCUAUGGACACAAAAACCAUCGUUAUGUAGAAAAUGAUAGUGCAACAGAUAACACAUCAUCUGAGAGUAGCUCAUCUUUGCAAGAUCGAUUGCUUUGUCAAGGACAGGAUCCGUAUGAUAUGGAGCCUUCUAGUCAUGUAACACCUAAUGGAUCUCUUCUGCCUCCCAAUACCAAGGGUGCAAAUAACAUGGGACAUAAACCAUCAGGAUAUUUGAAAGUGAAGGGAGAGAUAGAGCAUGCUGCUAUUACUGCUGUUAAAAAGCAAUUAGGAAAGCAUUAUCGGGAAGAUGGUCCACUACUUAGUGUUGAAUUUGAUACAAUUCCUCCUGAGGCAUUUGAAUGUCAAAUUGCAGAUCUAGCUAAUGAAGCAUACUAUGCUGCAAAUCCUGCUCUUCCAAAUUCUCCAGAAGUCUCUGCAGUGAAAAAACAGUCCAGUCUCAGUUCUAGAUAUGAUUCAUAUUUUACCAAAAUCAGUUCCCAAGAUUCACAAAUGGUCAGAGGUGACUUUGGCUCCUUGCAUGAUUCUGAUUUCCAGGAUAAGAAAUCCCACCAUGAUAUAAAUCAAAGGAGAAAUUUUCAGAGUUUUACCAAUCCUUUGCCUCACAAGAACUCUUGCCUGGAUUUCAAUGCAGACUCUACUGGGGAAGCAUCUGCUUAUAAUAACACUAAAAAUUGUAGAAAGGGUACUAAGCAUGGUUUUGAUGGGACGAGAUAUGACUCUGGUUCUAACCCCAGUGAUCACUAUGAAGAGAAUAACCUUGUGGUUAACCAGACAGAUUCUCUGCUACAUGGCUAUGAAAACAGCAACCUGAAGAAUGUACAAAGGGGUGAAUAUGUGAAAUCUAAACCUUCAAAUUCAGUACAUAAGUCUCAAGUUUACUUGGAUACUGGAGAAAGAAGAGGGCUUAAUAAAAGGAUGGCAAAGGAAGAGAAGUUUGAUGGGGAUAGAAAGAUAAAAAAACAAUAUCGUGAUCCAGAUGAAGUUAGGGUGCUUACAAAUGAAAUGACGGUUGCAAAGUGGGCUAAAGUUGAUCCACUUGAACAAUAUGAUGUUAAACAAUCAUCUGUUGCUGAGUUGGAACCAAGAAAAAGUCAAAGGUCUGCUGCAGAGAUGCCAUCUAGCUUUAGUGAGGAUGAAACUGCUGAAACCAGUUCCUCAGCGGAUUAAGUGUUGUUGUCAGAUUCCACAGAUAUGAUAUUUAUAGGGUUUCUCUAUGCCAUUGGUUUUGUACAGUCUAGAGAGACAGAUCCAUUUUGCACAGUAACAUCUAGAAAGACACACUAACAUGACUAACUUGAUUUGCUGUUGUGCUUGCCUAUUUGCUUCUGUAACAAAAGAAACCCCACUCCCUACCCCUUUUUCUUGAAAUUUUGGAUGUAAAAUCUUAUUUUCAUGCAGCUGCUUGUGGUAGGAGGGAUCCAAAUGCAGUUGAUAGAUAGUGUCUUCUUUUUUUCAUAAUGGUUUGUGGUGUUUGAUUCACCUUUUCAUCAGGUUGAGCGUCAAUCCAACACAAGAGGGAGAUUGGCGUUCAAUGUGUAUUGGAUUGCGUGAUUUGGCUUUUCCAAACACACUAUCAAUUAUUGCAGUGCCUCUGGCAUCUUGGUUUGGUUCAA